AUGGUUCUACCCUCCAAGUUGGCAAUAAUAACCUUGCUCGUGACCUACUUAGGUCGAGGUACCAAUGAAGAUCAGCAACUUGGAUUUCUCAACAAACUCCUUCAAAAGAUUCAACACGAAGAGCCAAUUGAAACCAUGUUAGUAAUGCAACACAAUCGAGAUGGGAAUUGUGCACUCCGAAACUGGAAUCAUCGCGAAAUACCCACUCUGCGCUUCAACCAACUGCAUGUUGUGGAACUCAGAAAGCUUUUCAACCAUGUGGCUGUGGGUGUUGUCUGCAUCUGCAGGGAUUCCGAUACAACGCUUCUAGAAAGCCUGGCCCAAAGUUUUAACCGGAUGCGUCAAAGACGAAUUAUCCUGUGGCUUCAAGCUGAACUCACACAGGAGAUGCUUAAUGUGAUUUCCAAUCAAGUGGAGGAACAUCAACUUCUUCAAAUGCUCAUCCUAGAGGUUAGAGAGGAACCGAUAGAGACAGUAGCCGUACGUCGUCUUGAUCCUUUUCCGAAUGCACAUUUUCUUCGAAUCGAUAACAUUCUCGACCUUGAAGGACCCAUUUUUCUUCCGCCCGAGAUGAACUUUAAGGAAAGGACCAUUAAUUUGCUGCCUAAUUGGGGCGCUGCCUUUAAAAUCAACGUGACGCUGCCCUCUAAAAUAUCUGUUCCCAUAGUCCGAAAUCAGGACUUAGGGGUUCUUAUGUUUGCUUUGAAGUACAAUUUGAGACUUAGAGUUUUGGAGGAUUCGUAUAACCUGACAUCAUCUGUAGUCCCAGACAUUCAAUUGAAUACUCAGAUUCAUACCAAAAUGGCCAAUUUGAGAACAUGGAACCCCUAUGACAUAUCGUCGCUAGUGGUAGCCGUUCCUUGUGGCAAACAGUGGAGAAUCGAGGAAGUCUUCAAGCAACUGAAUGUGCAGUCAUGGCUUUUUCACAUUUUUGUUGUGUAUGCAAUCUUUGUCCUGGCGGAGACUUUUAUACUCGCGGUAAACUAUAGGAUAUCCGGCAAAGCAUACCGAUUGAUCUCUCUCAAUCCUCUGCUAAAUCUCCGUGCUUUCCAGGCACUUUUGGGCAUGUCGUUUCCGAUCGGUCACAAUUCAAGUCUUUCUCUACGUCAGCUUUUUCUGUCCAUAAGUGUUUUUGGAUUGAUCUUCAGCAAUUUCUUUAGCUGCAAACUGAGUGCUCUUCUCACAAAGCAGUCCGCACAUCCGUGCGUUAGAAACUUUGAUGACUUACGCACUAGUGGAUUGAACGUAAUUAUAGGACCGACCAUUCGAGCGUUCGUUGAUAGUGAAGCUGGAUCUGAAUUCGUUAAAAAUAACUUGACUAACGUGAAGUAUAUAUCUCAGGAAGAUCGUAUUCGUAUGAUGCUAUCUCCGGGCUACAACAAUGCAUACCUUCUUUUCUCGGAAAACUGGAGUGUCGUCGAUAAGUUUCAGAAAUUAUAUGGUCGCAAAUUUUUAUGUACCUCUGAAAAUCUAACUAUCAACCAAGGUCUGCCCAUAACGCAUAUUCUGAAGAAUAACUCGAUGUUGGAACAGAGCCUAUUCAGCUGCAAUGUGCUGGCCAUUAGAAAAUGA